CAUUUGUUUGGCAUCCAUUUGCAUCAUUUCAAAUAUUGGACCGUUCUUUUUUCUGCAUUAUUCAACUGCGAUAAUAUUGUUGAUGAUUACCGAUCAAUGUGAUGUUUGUAAAUUAAUUGUUUUCGGUGUUACGAUCCUUUCUAUUGAUUGCCAUCUGAGUGUUCGUUAGUCAGUCGCUGAGCAACAACAAUUAAGAUGGACGAUGAGGUUUUACCGUCGUCGGUGUCGCCGAGGAAGAGUACGAGGAACAGAAAAUCCACACAGAAGGGUGUCGCGUUUGAAAUAGAACUGCAGAGGAAGAUGGAGAAAAACCAGCAGCAGAUUGAUGAGGAGGAUGAUGAUGAGUUUUCUGGUGAGGAAAUUCAAAUUGAAGAUACAGUUGCGAGUAAUGUUGCCUUGGCUGGAAAGGAUAUAUACAGCUUCGAUAGGGUGAAAAAGUUGGAACGUUUGGAGACGCCGAAGAAGGAGAAUACUAAAAGUAUUCCUAAAACCCCUCACCAUCUGCGGAAAAGAAUUGGAAAAGGUAUAAAAUCGAGUAUUGCUGAAGAUUUUUCGAGCGACGGAGGCGAAGCGUAUGAGAACACGGCCAGCGACUACUCGGCGUCAGAGUCUGAAAGCUCGAAUUCUGAUUCAUCGGAAGAUGUUGAUGUUGAGGAUAUUUCGGAUGGCGGCGGAGAAACGGUGAAGGCGCCAGCAAUGAAGGGGUUGGUCGCGAGGAUCCAGAAAGAGUCUGGCAGCAGAACGAGUAAAAAAAGCACCAGCGAAUACGUGAUCAGAACGGAGGAGUAUUUCAGCAAUAACGCGACGAAGAAGUCGACCACCUCGAAUCACACUCUAUCGAAGCUAAAGACUCCGCGUUUGAAUCAGGAGGAGUUGCAGAGGCUAUUGAAGAAGACGGCGGUGAGCGAGGAGCAUCGAAGUUCGAUUUGUAACUUCGGCGAGGAGUGCAAGGACAACUUCAACAGGUGGAUUUGUCUUUUGCACGAGAACUUCAAUCUCCUGUUUUACGGCUUGGGCUCGAAGAGGAACGUGCUGCACGAGUUCCACGAGCUUGUGCUGAAGGAUCAGCCGGUGUUGGUGGUGAACGGAUUCUUUCCCAGCCUGACACUCAAAGACAUCCUCGACGCCAUCACGCACGACAUGCUGCAGAUGCAGGGCGAAAGUUUCGCGAACGUCUUCAGCAAUUGCGAGGCGAUCGUCGACGCGUUUGCCGAAAUCCCCGAUCAGCAUCUGUACCUCCUGGUGCACAACAUCGACGGUGACAUGUUGCGGAAUCACAAGGCGCAGGCUGCUCUGGCGAUGCUCGCCUCCGCCAGGAACAUCCAUCUGGUCGCCUCUAUAGAUCACAUCAACGCACCUCUAGUGUGGGAUCACAACAAGCUGAGUAAAUUCAAUUUCGUGUGGUGGGAUUGCACCUCGUUCCUGCCCUACACCGAUGAGACGUCUUUCGAAAGUUCAAUGAUGGUGCAGAGAACAGGAAAUCUUGCGCUCUCAUCCCUUCGGAACGUAUUCCUCUCGUUGACGUCGAACGCGAAGGGCAUCUACAAGCUCAUCCUCAAAUACCAGCUAGAUCACAACACCAGCCAGUAUUAUCAAGGUCUGCUGUUCAAAGAUCUGUAUUGGUCGUGUCGCGAGGCCUUCCUCGUCAGUUCCGAUCUGGUGCUGAGGGCUCAGCUGACCGAAUUCGUGGACCAUAAGAUGGUGAAGCUGAAACGAUCCGCGGACGGCGCCGAGUACCUCAUCAUCCCCAUAGCCACGAAUCUUCUCCAGCAGUUUUCCAACGAGCAAACAUGAUACGAGCAAAUAAACUUAUUAUUUUUUCA